GGAAAAAAAAGCUGCCUACAUUCUAAUGUAGGAUAAAGUACUUUGUUCAAUUAAUCGACUGGUUAAAAAACAAAUUCAAGUCUUUAUGUUAUAAACAUGUAACCGCAAGCCCUCAGUCUGGCAACUCACGGAGAGACUUAAAUUUCUAUGUCCUUUAUUGCUUCAUUCUCACACACAAUCAGGCGUAUAUAGUGUGCAGCCCACAUGUCUGUGUGUGUGUCAGUGUAUGUGUGUCACGUUAUUUGAUAACUUUGAGUAGGUCGUGUUCUAGGGAUUCUUUUAUCUGAUAACACAUGGACUGAAUUAAGUUUUAGACGUUUUCGAAGAAAUUGUUCUGAUUUUUUUCUGGUCGCAAGUGACUGGACAAUCUCUGAGAAUGGACGAGAUAGAAGAACGACGUUGCAGAAAUGAACCCGACCCAGACAACCACAAACACAGUCUCCCUAUACAUCUCCUAUCAGGGGUCUACACAGCCCGCAAAGAGUCGUUGCUUCACUCCUUCUACAGAAUAGUCUACAGAGCAAGAUCACGGUCUCAGAGGCGGCGCAUCUACGCGACGUUCGUCUUCAUUUCCUGCCUCCUCUUUCUCCUUAUCUUCACCCAACAACAAAACAGCAUAGACACUGUCGAUACCUCGUACUCAGAGGCGGACAAAGAGGGCGCCAGGGGUUUUGACGAACCUCACAAAGCCGCGGAGCUCAAGCUCCUCCAGAAUGGCGCCAACGACGAGGAGUUCGGCGAUGACGGGGGCGAGGACCUGAAGCCCGAUCUGGCGCCCCCUAUCAUUCACUACCUGUGGUGCGGACAGAAAAAGUUUGAGUUUAGACAUUAUCUGAGUAUCAAGAGAGCGAACUACAUUAUCAAACCUGAUAAGAUAUUCUUCCACUAUCUGGACAUGCCUCUUUUAGAUAACGAGCAGUAUUAUACGUGGUUUAAUCAAACACGCUUUGAGAAUGACCACAUUCUCUUGAAAAAGCUCAACGCGACCUGGUGCCCUCAAGAGGGCGCGGAAAGAUACAUGCUUGUCUUGAGCAUUUUGGAGUAUUUUGGGGGGAUUUACAUCCCGGAAGACGCCCUCGUGGUGGAUUUCCCCAUACAUCUCCGGGCGGUUCAGUUCAUGUCAGGAGUCGUGGCCAAGUCGCUGUCCGUCUACUCCGAGGGGGUCAUUGUGGCGAAGAAGAACGGCUUCAUUAGCCCGUCCAGCCAGAACGGCCUAAACAUCGUCCUGGCCUCUGGCAGGUCCGCGGCCCAAGGCACCAUCGAGCCCUGCGGGUCUAUCGAGCACUAUAACAAGGAGGGUGAGGACGAUUGUAUCUGUGUUCUAGUCAAGGAUGAGAUAUACCCUUCCAGCAUAUGGGACUUGCAGACCAACUUUGGCAUACUCAGCCGCCUGUCUGCCUACGGCGUUCAGUCGGUGGAGCCGAACUUCAGUAAGAAAACCACAAUACCGAAAAUCGCCCAUUAUAUCUGCUGGGACUGUGAGCUGAAAUUCGGAGCAUUUUUAAGCAUUCUGAGUGCGUUGAAUGUUGCCGGUUUGUCUAAAGUGUACGUCCACGGGAUCAAGCCUCCCAGCGGUAUGUGGUGGAAGAUUCUUCAGGAAACCGGUCGGGUGAUUCACGUGUACCGGGAGUACCCGGAAAUGUCGCACGAACGAGGCGCCAUGACGCAAGAGUUGGCUCAAGGCAUAAUGCGGAUGACGAUUUUACUCAAAUAUGGCGGCGUUUACUGCGACAGUAAAGUUAUUUGGACCAAUCAGAUUCCGGAUGAACUUUUUGGGUACGAAGCAGUGGCGUCUCCAGAUUGGAGGGUGUACGGGUCGUGGCCGGACUCUGUCUCGCACACGAGUAUGAUGGCCAAGAAGAACUCGGAGUAUCUGUACAGGUUGAGGAAUCUCCACAAGAAGAAGAGGCUGGAGAGUUUCUGGUUCGUGGACCAGUUCCUGGCCUACAAGAUACUAGAACAAAGUCCUACAGUCUUGAAGUUUGACAGACAUUUUCAAGUGAAAUGCCUCAGUCACAAUUGUCAUCCAACCUGGCAUGCGAACUAUAAAACUUCACUGGUUGAGAAUAUGCCAGGUCCAGCCUUUGAUUGGUUCAACGAGACCUUGAGUGUCUACUGGGAUGUCUUUCCGGAAGUAGAGCUCGAUACGGUCAAGUACACCAGCGGACCAAUAGUGGACGCCGCCCGGAGGGUGCUGCAGAAAUCCGGAAUUUCAUUACAAGUUUUAAACAUUCGAUAGCGUGUGCUGUAUGUGGUAGAGUGUGUUUUGUGUAUGUGUUGAACGCUGCCUGUGUGUGUUUGAAUGUCCAAGAGUAUGUGUGAAUUAAAUUUUGUGAUAUUACUGUAUAACAGGGUACCAGUAACGAUCCUAAUUAUUUCAGGUGAGUGCUUGACGUACGGCUUACAUAAGUAUGCCGAAAGCAGUUAUGAAUUGUUACCAUAUUAUAUAUUUAUAAAAAGUGUACUAUAUGAUGUAUGGUUACGAUUUCUGGAUGUUCCCCUGUAUGUAUUGAAUUAAGUCAUAUUGUUGUACAUGAUGUUAAUAAAUUCAAAGAAGGUCAAAGAAAUUUGCAUACUUUGUGAUAUUGGACUUGUACUGAAUGGAAACCAGUCACACCCUAAUAGAUUAUUCUUAUUUUGAUAUACAAAUAUUGAUUUUUAUACUAUGUUGACUUAUUUAUAAAUAUGUAUCAAUAGCAAGUAUUAUUAUGCAUUUGUAAUGUUUGAUAUGUAUGUGGAUUUGAAAACAAAAACGCUGAGAAGAAUCAAAAUGUACCCCCCCCAACCUACCCACCCCGCUCAAGAUAAGUGAUAAUAUAGGGGCCUACCCUAUUCCUCAUUCUUUCAGAGCUACCAUAUUGCCUAACAAAGUGGUUCCCAAACUUUUUCUUUAAGGGAACACUCCGCACAUUCUCAAUAUUUAGCAGAACACUUGCUUUUGUACGUAGUGGCCUACUGGUUAAUUAUUCCAGUAAAAUGUGGAAACCUAUUCGGGUUUGGUAGAGGAUGGUCUUCGAUUAACUGGCCUAGCAUAAUGUCAUUAAAAUUACUUCUAGAUAAAUGGGAAUGAAUUAUACAUGAAGUAAUCUAAAUAUUUAAGAUAAUUUUUUAAAAAGCAUAGCAUGGUAGAGAAAAAAAAAAGGGGGGGGGGGUUAGAUGAUUCAUAUGUAGGUUUAUUUCUUUACCAAUAAAAUCGGAGAGUGCUCCUUUCAAGAUCACUUGCCUAAACAUAUUAUCUCAUUUUAAAUCUUACGAAAAGGUUCCAAGAUUACCUCCCCUAGUUCACCAUCAUUGAAAGUUAAAGAAUUUAACAACGAUACUGCGUCGAUUUCAAAGGCGCAAGUGUUAUAUAAAAAAAAAUGUAAUGGAAUUUCCUGUUUAAAUUGUGUUGACAAAGACUCCCUGGCUGUGACAUAAUUUUCUGUUGGUAUCCCAGCAUACAUUUUCUUUUCGAUAGGAUAACUAUAAGUCUUUUAUGUUGUAUCACUGUCUACACAGCCCCCCCCCCUUUUUUUUUUACCCUUUUUUCUUUUCUGUUUAUUCCAAUUUUUAAAUAUUUUUUUUUACGAAACAAAUUUACUUUAGGAUAAGCGAAGAUCUAGAUCUCAUUUCUUUGUGUUUAAACAGUGUUUCAAGAGGGAGUAUUACUUAGUCCAAACUCCAAAUGACAAAUGAAUUAGGUUUAACGUUUCUACAAAUGCCGAUUCAGAGCCUCAAGCACUAUCCAUGUAGGUUCCUUUUUGCAUUUUCGUUGGAGACUUAGAUCUCGAGUUUCCCAAAAUAGCAAGUAAUUGUUUAUCAAAUUUUGUUAAGGGGCGUCAAUCCGGUCACAGCAACGACCUACGAAUGUUGCGUUAUCAUAAGCUAAUUAAGCUAUUCUUACCAUCGUAAAUAAGUUAAUGGAAUCAAACACAGCUUCAAUCCUUCAAUUUAAACAAUCCCCAACCAGGAUUCAAACUUUAAAACUUUUAGCUGCUUUUUUUUUUUCAUUUAUGUUUAUUUUGUCGAAGCAAGCAGUAAAGAAUAAGAAUUUACAUUACACUUGAUAGCUCAACAAUCGUCUGCAUUUAAAUCACAGACAUACAUAAAUAUAGACUGGAAAAAGGAAAUAACUUCAUGUAACUUGAAAACAUGUAUAUCUAUUGUUGUUGGAUUUCCGAAUUCUGAAAAAUUGAAAAAUUGCAUGAUCUUCAGUCUUAGAGAUUAAACAAAACUCCUAGACAUAAAUAAAGUACACAGAAAUGCAAGUCACAAAAUUUCGUUUCAUAAAACUCUAUUAUCGGCCAGUCUAUAUUUAUUUAUGUCUAUGAUUUAAAUAGUAAAGCCAUUUUUUUAAAACUAGAAACAUAUAUUUAAGGAAGUAAUAAUUGAGGAGGGAGCAACACCAUAAGUUGACAGACACCAACCCUCGCCACGCCUCUGAUCUAGAUCUACAUCUACUAUUCAAAUAAGUUUAGAUUGCUUAGACUGAAUAUAAAGUAGGUAGCCUUAGCCAUAUUAAUUAUCUGAAUAGGUUUCAAAGGGUAAUUUAAUAUUUUUUCCUGUUUACUUUGCAAAUAAAUAUUUUUAAAAGAAUGGUUGGGUUCUGCACAAAAUUAUCCUUAUACCCCCCUGUUUUAUCCUUCCCCCCCCCCAAAAAAAAAAUAAUCAGAUUUUGAUAUUUAAAAGAAAAAUCAUGUUUAAGUGCAAGACAAGAUGGGUCUCUGGCCUUGUUGAGCUCGCCUCUUUUCUUGCUAGCUACGCUGCUGCAUACGCCUAGAGAUAGCUAGUGCUAUUUUAUGCUCUGUAAAAAUAUAUGACACCUUCUCGCCAACCUGGGGGUUAUGACAAGGGAAUAGGUACCCACGAACAAAAAAAACCCCACAACUUUCACGUGAUUUCCACUGUAAUGGUGUUUGGGUCAUAUUGGAAGGAAUAUAGAUGUCUAGAUCCACAUAUAAUAUCAGCUCUGUUUGAACUGUGAUGUAAAUAAUGGGAGAUUGUCUGUGUUGAUUUAAUGGAGGAGUCUAUGUGUAAUUCAAAUAACAGGAAGCCAUAAUGUACAUAAAGUCAUGCCGCCUAUAGAAUAGUAGAGGGAGAUAUUUUUUGCUACGAGGUAUUUUGUUGACGCAUUUAUUUUUAUACUCUCUCUCUCUCUCUCUCUGUAGGUGCACGCACAAUAUCAAAUGUAUUUAUUGAAUGUCACCAAACGAAGAAAUGAUAGAUGUGUGGGUGAAUGUGAUGAUACUAGCCUAUGUAAAUAUUUGUUACUUGACUUCUGCCCAAUUAUGAUCUGAACCAAACUGUAUAUAGAACUUUGGCUGUAUCCCUCUUUUCUCCUUUAUGCACCCCCCAAAACAGCAGCUUUUUUUAAUUGGCUCAAGUUGUCACAGGCAUUGAAAUCAUGGCGCUAUUCUGUCUAAAAUAGCCUCAUCAAUUCAUCUUGGCCCCAACACAUUGCAAGCGUUGAUAUCUUGAUUAAAUUUUAGACCAACAUAUGACCAGGAUCUAGUCUUAGGAUCUUGACUCUAUUUUGGACCAACAUAUCACAAGCGUUGACAUCUUGGCUUUUUUUUUUUUUGAGCCACCAUAUUGCCAGGUUGACAUUUUAGCUAUAUUUUGGGGUCUACAUGUUCCCAGCGUCGACAUCUGGGCUCUAUUUUGAAACAACACAUCCCUACCAAAAUUUUUAAGUAACGUCUGUAAUUUAUAAGAUAAGAUAAGAUCUAUAUCCCCAGCGCUGAUAUCAUGGCUACUUACCAGUCUGCAAUGUUUUUGGACAUCUUUGUUUCAUAUUUGGACCAACAUAUCGCCAGCGUCGACAUUUUGGCUAUAUUUUGGGUCAACAUGUUGCCAGCGUUGAUAUCUGGGCUCUAUUUUUAAUCAACACAUCCCUAGCAUUCUUUUUUGUUUGUAAUUUAUAAGAUAAGAUAAGAUCUUGACUAUAUCGCCAGCAAGUUGACAUUUCGGCUACUUACCAAUCUCCAGUGUUGUUUUUUUUAAGCCAAGAGUCAAUGCUGAUCUAAAAGAGGUCAAAAGGUCAAUGCUUUAAUGUAAUGCUAUGUUUUUCUAUGAUAUUUGAUCUAGUUGUUAUCAUUAUCCAAGUCAUUUAUGUUGUUUUAAUAUUGUGUACAUAAGAUGAAAGUUUCCAUGAAACCCAUGCCUUCAAUGACAGGCCAACAUUUCAUAUGUAGGUCAGUGUAGGAUUAUACACUCAGAUUUAUGUUUCUGUGUUAAUGUUUACUGGGUUUUUUUUAAAAACCUAUUUUUGUUGUCUAAUGUUUUUACCAUAACUGCUGAGGCAUAAAUCUAUAAAAGGAAUUCGCGCUAUAUUCUUUCUCUACAGACUGCGGUUUGCAGAUAUUUUUUUUUCAUGAGCCAGAUUUUUUACCAUCUGCAAGAUAGAAUGAUAAUACAUUUCUGACAAAAAAAAAACAACCAACAAAAUAAUUAAAAAAAGAAGAUGUAGACCUAUUUUUUUUAUUUCAAUAAUAGCUAAAACAAAUCAUGACUUUUGAGCACUAAAGCAGAACUAGAAAAAAAAAAUGUAAGCAGUUCGUGAAUGAAUAUUUCAUUGAGGCACAGACCGUUGCUUACUGGAAACUCUCAAAAUGUGGAUCCUUGGUUUUAAUAACGUGUCUCGUGUGACGGAACAAUGUUUAUUUUGAUUGUAUGUUUCCUGUUUCGACUUUUUAUUAAACUUGUUUUUUUUUUGUUGCUGUC